AACAUAUUUAACCAUAAUCAUAGAAUAUAAUUUAGUCUGCAUUUGACUAUGCAAUAUUGGUAUACUACUUUUAGAUCACACAGGGUGGUCUACAGGUUAUUAGGCAGCAAACAAGGAAAUGUUUGACUACAGGAAAAGCAUUGUAUUUUGCACAUGUAUAUGUUCAACACACUCGGGAAACAUAUUUAUUUGCAUAGAUUUGUAUAUGUAUAUAAGUAUGAAGGCCGUGUCCUGCAUGGAGCUCUUGUGAAAAACAUGACAUGAAAAGUUUUUACAAACGUCCUGUACUGUAGUUUACUUUGCAAACACAGCAAAAGACGAAACACGGAAAAAGCGCAAGAUCAUGACAAAAUAUCUAAGUACAAGUCUGACAUAUGGUUGUUGUUUUGGUGAGUCCUCAGAAAUGGCAGAAAAGGAAUUGCAGUCUGUUGGUAAUGGCCAGUCAACAAUGGUUCCGUCAGUGCAAAGUGAUCUCGGGGCGCCCUCUGCAGGUAUCCACAGUCUACUGCAUGAUGGGGCGAGCUUCACUUCACUGGAGUCCAAUGGUGACAACGUUGUUCAGCCCUUCCCACGUUCGCCGAAACUACAGAGGAAGCAGGGAAAAGUUGCCCGGCCUUCUCAGGAGCAGUUGACCAGACGCAUGGAGGAGCUGGAGGUCGAGAGAUCCAAAACUGAGGCACACAUCCAGUCUCUGAAGAAGCGAAAAGCUGACCUCACUAAAACCACAGAGAUGAUGAAGCAGCAGGUUCGAGAGCGCUUCGAGAACAUGCGGCGCGCCCUGAAGCAGGAUGAGCAGGUGGUCCUGGACUCUCUGGAGCUGGACCUGAGACAGACAAGGGGCAGGCUGGACCAGGUCCUGAAGAGCUGGAAACAACACCAGGACCAGGUCGCCAAGAGCAUCUGCAGCACCCAGCGCGCCCUGAGUACAAGCGCCGAGCGGGAGAAAGACGGGAAGGGCGACUCUGGCUGCGUGAGUCCUAAGAAGCCAGAUGCCUCCGAAAUGGAAAUCAGGCUGAACGCAGAGAGAUUUGAAAAGCUUCUCAAAACACUCUCCUUCAUCUCCAAAACCCUGAAGGCCCAGCUACAGAGGAAGACUCUGCUGUUAGACUCAUCCCCCAUCGUGAUUGACAGGCAGACUUGCCAUAACCAGAUCACAGUGACCUCAGAGGGGUGGGGCAUGUCCUUCUCCAGCUCCAGCCAUUCCACUCCAGAGCAUCCUCUCCAGUUUGACAAAGUGUGCUGUGCCCUGGGCUCCUCUCCCAUCAGAGCAGGUCAAAGCUACUGGGAAGUGGACGUCCGUUGCUGCUCUGCCUGGGCUGUGGGCGUAACCUACGCCAGCCUGGAUAGAAAGGGCCGGGACAAGGGCGCCAAGCUGGGACGCAAUCGAAACUCGUGGUGCGUGGAGCUUCAGAACGGGAACCUGUCCGCCUGGCACAACGACCGCCAUGUGGCGUGUCACGGGGUCGGACGGACUUCUGUCAGGAAAGUGGGGGUGUGGGUGAAUUACGACAAGGGACAGCUAACGUUUUACGACAUAGACACCAUGGUUGUCCUGCAGAGGUUCUCAGCCGCCGUGACGCCGGUGUUCGACAGAGCUCACCACCAGUUCACCGAGCCCCUGUACCCCGCCGUACGCUUCCUGAAACCACCGGAGAACCAGGUCUGGCCGAACCACCUGGAGUUCUGUCACCUGAAUUCCCUGCGACGCUGAAGCGGUGAUCCAGAGACAGCAAUGUGGACUUUCUGGCACUUUCUGCAUAGUCUCCCGUUAAACCAACAGCAGUCCAUGUACAGUAGUGUGCAAUGUUAUUUUGAACUGUAGAUGCUUAGAUUGUGAUUCAUCACUCACUCCCGAUUGGCGACAAAUUGUGAAACAUGACUUCAAGUCCAGGAAUCCAGGCCCAGUAGCACAAGUAGUCCUGCAACAGGUGCUGGGCUUAAAAAUAGAUUUCCGAUUCAAAUUAAUCUUAGUUUGGAAGAUCCAU